AUGGUCAUCCCUGCCACCAGUGACAGCCUAGGGCACGACCCUGUGACCUGUGACCGCCUGGUGGCCCACCAGGUGGGGGAGGGGAUUUCCAUCCAGUAUGAAGUUGCCAAGGCCAACCUGACCAGAAAUUUCCAGGGGAAGUUCGACAAGUUUGUGGUCCCCUGCGUCGUUGCCAGUGGUGACAUCAAAGACUGGAAGGCAUCAGAACCUUUGAACUUCAGCCCCCACAACACUCUGUACCUGGAGCUCUGGUGUCCCACAGUGGCACCACCAAUCAUCGUGACUUCUAGCCGAGGCCAGACUGUCUUUGACUUUGGAGACAUUGCUGUGGGACACCGGGGCAUCAUGAAAGUCUCUCUGCAGAACAUCUACCCCGAGGACCUCUAUGUGGAGUACUCGGUACUGAACCCCAGUGGCCCCUUUGUGCUCCUGAACCCCUCCAGCAAGCUGCACUCGGGAGAGACGCAAGUCCUGGAGCUGUCCUUCUCGCCCCACGAGAGCAUCAUGGCUCAAGAGACGCUGAACAUCAUCACCAAGAGAGGCACCCUCACGCUCACCAUCAUGGGCACUGGCGUGGCGUCCAUGAUCACCUGCUCCAUCGAAGACAACGUCCUCAACAUGGGCUACGUCAUCGCCAGAGAGUCUGUCUCCUCCAGCUUCAAGGUGCCAUGUGUCCCGGGCCCUGGCCCAGUCUCUGGGGAGCCUUACCCAGACCUGCUGGCGCCCUGUCCCUCUGUCCCGAGCUUGCACACAGCCCCUCUCACCCUCUCCUAUGUUGCUACUCGAAUACCUGCCCCUGGGACCUGGACUUGGGUGCCUCUGGCGAGAGGGUUUGCUGGCCUCCAAGGACAGGCCUUGCUGCCACAUGGCCUCCCCACUGGUGUUCAUGGCAGCCUGGCUCUGCUGGCUCACCUGCCCGCCUGGGUGGGAGCCGGGACCAGUGCUUAA